AGCCUCUGAGCUGAAAGCCGCGGUUCAUAUCAGCGGAACAGGGCUGUCUGUGAACUCGGAGCUUGGACUUUAAGCGGUUCGUGACAGCCCUACUUAACACUUGACUUUUUACCCACGCAUGACGCCGCGAGAGGACUCGGUGGGGUCGGCCUGAAAACUUUCCCCUGCCAUUGGUGUUUCUAAAGGAACAGGUGGAAAGCUCUGCUGCUUUUUAAUGAUGAAAAACCCAUGGCAGGACUGAGAAGGAGUAGUGAACAUCCCUCCUACCCUGUCUUAGACUCCUCUCCCGUAACCUCCAUCUUCUGGACUGUUUCACGAGGAUAUUCAGUUACGCCGAGCAGAAAGCAAAGUAAAAACCAUUUCUCAGCUUUGACCAUGUGAGCUCUGAGGUAGCUCUCCUAGCUCUGUUGUUUUUCGGCGACACUUUCCAGUUGUCGGUAAUGUAGUAAUUCAAGUGAUAUUAGAAGAGUUUGGUGUCAUGAUGGCCGCUGCCUCCUCGCCUGAGAAGCUGCUGCAGCUCCAGGAGGUCGACUCCAGCCGAGCUGGUAGUCGCAUUCUCUCCCCGAUCCUCGGCUCCUCUUCUCCUGGUCUGUCCCAUGAAACAAGCCAGCCCAUCUGUAUCCGCUCACCGUAUACCGACCUCGGCCAUGACUUCACCACCAUACCUUUUUACAGUCCAACUAUCUUCAGCUAUGGUGGUCCGAGCAUUUCUGAAUGCUCCUCUGUCCAUCAGUCUCUGAGCGCCUCUUUAUUUUGGCCCAGCCACGGCCGCGUGGGGACGCCCAUUACGCUGCACUGCCCCCAGGGUCGAUCCCAGCAGGGCCAGUCAGCCCAGACUCCGUGGGACAGUGUUAUAACAACCAGAAAUCAUGACUCAAAACUGUCUGUUAGCAAGAGUGUGAGGAGGCGCUCCCAGGAGAGCGAGGAGAGCAUGGUGUCUUCAGGUGGGAAGGCAGACCUCCACUACUGUGCUGUGUGUCAUGACUAUGCUUCAGGCUACCACUAUGGAGUCUGGUCGUGUGAGGGGUGUAAGGCUUUCUUCAAGAGGAGCAUCCAAGGACACAACGACUAUAUCUGCCCGGCAACCAAUCAGUGCACUAUAGACAAGAACCGCCGUAAGAGCUGCCAGGCGUGUCGCCUUCGCAAAUGCUAUGAAGUUGGCAUGACCAAAUGUGGUAUUCGAAAGGAGCGUGGAAACUACAGGAACUCGCAGGCAAGGCGGCUAACCCGUCUAUCCUCACAGGGCAAAACAGCUGAACCAAAGGGCAUAACUGGACCAGCUGAGGGUUCAUUAAAUAAGCCCGAAAAACCUGCACUGACCCCAGAGCAGCUAAUUGAGCGGAUAUUGGAGGCGGAGCCGCCAGAGAUCUACCUCAUGAAGGACGAGAAAAGGCCGCUGACCGAAGCAAGCGUCAUGAUGUUACUCACCAACCUGGCAGAUAAGGAGCUGGUUCACAUGAUUAGCUGGGCCAAGAAGAUUCCAGGGUUUGUGGAGCUUAGUCUCGUAGACCAGGUCCAUCUGUUGGAGUGCUGCUGGCUGGAGGUGUUGAUGAUUGGACUGAUGUGGAGGUCAGUGGACCAUCCAGGAAAACUCAUCUUCUGCCCUGACCUCAGCCUGAGCAGAGAAGAAGGAAGCUGCGUCCAGGGCUUUGUGGAGAUCUUUGACAUGCUGAUAGCUGCCACAACCAGGGUGAGAGAGCUCAAGCUGCAGAGGGAGGAGUACGUCUGCCUCAAGGCCAUGAUCCUCCUCAACUCCAACAUGUGCCUCAGUUCCUCAGACGGCAGCGAGGACCUGCAGAGCCGGUCCAAGCUGCUGCACCUCCUGGACGCUAUGACGGACGCUCUGGUGUUGGCCAUCGGCAAAACCGGCCUCACCUUCCGGCAGCAGUACACUCGCCUGGCUCACCUGCUCAUGCUGCUUUCACAUAUCCGUCAUGUCAGUAACAAAGGCAUGGACCACCUCCACUGCAUGAAAAUGAAGAACAUAGUGCCUCUCUAUGACCUGUUGCUGGAGAUGUUGGAUGCCCACAUCAUGCACAGCUCUUGUCUGCCUCACCAGCCUCCUCAGCAGGACUCCAAGGAUCAGAGUGAGGCUCCUGCUCCGCUGCACAGCUCUGCAGGCGGACCUUCAAAUACCUGGACUCCCAGUAGCGCUAGAGCCGGAGGUGAAUCCCAGUAGUCAGAUCAGAAUUCCGAUGCGAAAGAAUUUUCACUGCUUUGCACAAAACUAGUUCACAGGAACGAUGAGUAUCUUUACAGGAAUGAGAGCUGGAUUCUCUGAUCUGUCACUGGUGAAUCUUUGACACGCUGUGCACGGUUUCUGGUGAACUUUCAAUAUCUUCAAAGUUAAUCACAUGGAGCACGGAUCACACUUGCAGGAUUCUUUGCUUUGCCACUAUAUUGCCAAAAGACUGAAGAGAAACAGGAACAAACUGUCAAACCUGGUCCCUCAGCUGUACUCAGAUAUGUGACCAGACCAUUAAAUCAGUCAGUCAACCAAUGAAAACCCACGCAGAAAAACAAAUCACAACUGAUUUGAUCACACCUCCCAGUGACAGUAUGUCUUUUUAAACUGAUUAAUCAGAGCCUGUACAGUUUGCUGGAACAAGCAGCUUAUGUGUAACUGAUUCCCAAAAACAAGCAGCUGCAGAAAACUCGCACUUUAACUCUGAGUUAAAGAAAUCUCAUACUGUGAAACUUACAGUGCUCACUGGCGUGUUUUCUUCAACAAAUCUCAGUUUGUGUUUCGACCUUGUGUGUGUGGAUGUUUUAAUGCUUAAGUGGCUUUUCUAUACACAUGGACUUUAAUGUCGAGGCUGCAACAAAAGAUUGUCGUUACUGAUUAUUGCUGAUUACUUAAUCAGUUUAUUGUUGGGUCUAUGCAGUAAAACACUUAUGAUUUCCCCACAGACCAGGGUCACGCCUUCAUCUGCUAAGUUUUGUCCAUCCAACAGUUGGAAAUGAAAAUUUAUUUAGUCGAUGAAUUUCAAAAAUCCAUUGAUUUUUAUUCUUAUAUUUAUUUUGAAGAUAUAGAUCAACUUAUUGAAAUAGUUUUCAGAACCCAAAAAAUAAAGACCAAUGUCAUGCAUGGGUUGUCUAGACAUGGGUACAAACUGCAUUUUUUAUUAUUAUUCAAGAAAUUAUGACACACGAUAGAUAAACUUCUGGGAUAUCAAUCUGUCCAGUUAAGAAGCAUAAGCCAUUGUGAACAUCAUCCACUUGCUUUGGUGCAACCAGUUGCACUUUUGGUGCAAUGAUGCAACCCCCCAACAUGGACUGGUUUGGCACAUGGUGGCCUUAGACCACUUCUCUCUCCUUAUGCCUCCUUACUGAUCUUUCGCUGGUGUCACUUUUUUCACUUGUGUCACUGCUAGUGACACAAAGCAGCGUCUGCUGCACAGGCAGUCUAACUCCUCCAGGAUGGCACAUUCAUACUCACUGUUACAGGAAGGUUUGCCGUGUCUCAAGAAUACGGAGGAUGAUGAAUACUAGGAGAUGGGCAAUUACACAAAGAGAAAUGGACAGGACAGUAAAAAGGGUAUCAGUGCAGCAGCUGAACUGAUACCGUCUGCUUAUUAUUGUGAGGAGGAACAGGAGGAGCCCUAUAAAAUGACCUCCACUGGACUAUUCGAGAGCAUGUUCCUGACCAAACUGUCAGAAUCUUGAUAAGCUCGUGCCACCGCCUGCAAAACCAUUCCCUUCUUGCAGGGUUGCCAUUUACACCAAAGCAGGUGAAAUAGAUUCACGAUGGUUUCUGCUUCCUGACUGAACAGAUUGAUGUCCCUGAAGUUUACUUGACAGGUAAACUUAUAUUGUGAUUAUUGAGCAUUACCCUCAUUUAUUUUUUUCAGUAGUGAUAUGGUCAUUAAAGGCAGCAUUUGCACAAAGCAGUUACUUUGUUAGCAUCUCAUGUAUUUGUUGAAUUGCUCACAGAGUUGUUUUAUCUGGGUUAAGGUUAACGAGAGAACUCCAGCUAAGAAGGUGAUUUCUAGCAGAACUUAAGCUAAUUGGCAGUGAAUGGGGCCACUCUGAUUUUCUUCUUUAGCUUAGAAAACAGACAUGAAAACAAUUCCUCAACUAAAUGCUGCUUUUUAUGCUUUUUGUUAUUAUAUGCAGUUAAGAAAAAUAUCCAGCUGUGUUGAGCUGGUGCCUUUUACUUGCUCUCAGCUGUCUGUGCUUUAUUGUCAAAGAUGCCUUACUUGUUUUCUGUAAAACAUCAUGACCACUGUUGCUCUUAUGCCAACGUAGCACUUCAAGAAAAUUACUAUUUUUGUACUUUUGAACUUGCUACAGUUGCUCUUUGUGACAUGAUGCAGCUUCAACAAUCAGGAUCACUGCAAGGUUCAUCCAACGGAGGCCUCUGGACCCUCUGGAUUCUGGUCCUUCUGUACAGCCUGUGCUUUUACUCUCAUCAGCCUUUGUCAUCAAACUGUUUUAGCACUGUGCACAGGUACUUUUUGUUCAUUUCUGGGGAAAAUGUUUGAUGAGUGUGUAAACCAGUAAAACAAUACGAAAGAGGA